AUGCCGAGCUAUCUCGUUACUGGUGCAGGGAGAGGUCUUGGUUACGGAUUCAUCCAAUGCCUGGCCUCCAACCCAGACAAUACAGUUCUUGGGCUCGUACGGAACAAGACGGCAACCCAAGACCGACUCGCAGCUGAUGGCAUCACCAACGUCCAUCUGAUCGAGGCCGACAUCACAGAUGAGCCAGCCUUGAAACGCGCCGCAGAGGAGGCCAAAGCCAUCCUUAGCCAUCACGGCUUAGAUGUCCUCAUCAACAACGCAGCCUACGUCAGUGAGACGACGGCACUCAAAUCUUUCCAAGACUUCGAGCAUGACCUGGAGUCAGUCAUCCAAGACACGCAGAAGAGCUUCGAAAUCAACUUCUUCGGUGUCCUCAAGACCGUCUUCGCCUUCCUACCGCUCGUGCAGCAGAGCACGCUGAAGAAGAUCGUCGUCAUCUCCAGCGGCAUGAGCGAUGUUGACUUCGUGAACACGACCAAGAUCGACAAUGCCGCGCCGUACGCCGCCAGCAAAGCCGCUACGAACAUCAUGUUUGCGAAACUCGCCGCGGCAUACGAAGAGCAGGGUAUCCUCUUCAUGUCUCUCUGCCCCGGCUUGGUUGAUACGACCGAGGGCCGAACCGUCACCUUACCGAGCGAGGAUCUCGAACGGCAAAGGAUGAUUGGUGCCAAGAUGGAGAAAUAUGCACCAGGUUUCACAGCAGCGGAUCCGCUCUCGGCGGCAGAAAGGUGCUUGACCGCCAUUGAGCGCUCAACGCUGGAUGACGGUUACAGUGGUUCGUUUCAGAGCCACAAUGGGACAAGGAAAUGGAUGUAG